AUGGCCGACGAAGAAGAAAAUCUGCCGAUACCUCCCACUUUUCUCGAGAAACUGCUCUUCUACACGACAGCGUCUUUCGUCCUCCUCGCGAUCUUCAGCCUCUUCGCCUUCCUCUUCUUAGUACCCUUCGUGAUAGAACCGGCCUUCACAACUAUAUUCAUGCAGUUCGAUCCAGUCAGUGCGCAGUGUGUGACGGCUGAAGUCAAACAGUUAUUCGGCGUCAGCAAUUGCUCCUGGGCCUCAUGCCGGGAGGGCUGCACCAAAGACCUCUUCGAGUGCACCCAAAUCAGAGUCAAUUACAAACUCGGUUACGCCCCAAAUAUUUCAGCAACCGAGUACGAGGCGCUCAUAAGAGCCGAGAGAUCGCUCAGAAAAGAUUACGACUACGAAAACUACGAAUCGCCCCUGGAUAAACUCGAUCCAGAGAUGGAGGAUCAGGAACUGGCUGAUGUGAUGCCUACGGGGUUGCAAGGCAACGAUUCCGAAUGGUACUUCACUGGGGCCAGGCUGUUCCCAAAUGUGAAGGGAUGCGGGUAUCCGCCAAUUUUAAACUGUACAGUUUUUUACGGGAAGUAUAGGCCGAUCGGCAACAAUUACACGUGCUAUUACAGCCGGAUCGAUCCCGGGUUAGUCAUCACGGAGCUGGAUAUGUGGCAAAACACGCUCAAUUUAGUUUACGCCAUGGCCAUACCGAUUCCAUCCUUCAUCAUCUCGGUGAUAUAUUUGACGUUUGCGUAUUUCAAAAUUUACAAUACGGAAGAUGAAUCCGAACAGGCGCCUCUGCAGAGUGAUGCGGAGGCCAUGGCUACGGGAGACGAUGGGAAGCCGACCACGCCUGGUUCAGACACCUUUAGAGAAGACUUGGCCUGCUUCGGGCAUCAGUUGAAACUGCAACUGGCUAACGAUAAGCCCAAAGAAGGUUUCGAGUCAAAUAGUCCUCCAAUUUCUAAUUCGGCGUCACUAUCUGGGACCAAAUCGUCCUUCGUGAACGCCUAA